AUGCCUCUUUCACAUCUUACCUUGACCGUCUCCCAUCUUCCGACCUCCACAUCAUUCUUUCUCUCCUGCUUACAACCACUCGGCUAUCAGUUUAUUGGCCGCCAUGAUGACUAUAUCGGAUUCGGUCAGAAGCAGGGUGAGCCCGCCGAUUUCUGGAUAACCGAACAGAAGCCAGGAGUCCCAGCCGGCGCAGCACAUGUGGCCUUCCCAGCAAACUCCAAGGAUGCAGUUGGUACUUUCUUCAUCAGUGCGCUCAAGGCUGGCGGAAAGAUCCACGGAGAGCCCAAGAUGCGCGACUCCGAGUCCGGCUACUACAGCGCCGCUGUGAUUGAUUUUGACGGUAACAGCAUCGAGGCUGUCUACCGGCCCAGCAGCUCCUCGGCCCGGUCCGAGGUAAAAUCAGUGGUCAAGUCAGAGAUCAGCCGGCCGGCGUUGGCCUUGUUAGAGAACGGAUCUGUGGUCUCAAAGGCGAGCAGCAGAGCCAGCUCAGUGAGGACCGAAAGCAUUGCUCCACCCCGAUCGGAAGCCCGAUCAGAAGCUCGGUCGUACGUGUCGAAGACGAACACCACCAUCGAGCGGGCGGCACCCGCCCCAUCGAUGGUAAGUCGAGAUCAUUACCAGGCGCCACGCGAUCUUCAGCCGGCUCCGUCGCCCACCUAUAUUGUGCACCACACGACGCAUACGACUCAGAAGACCGACAAUGACAAAACAGCGAAGACGAUAGUCGGCACUCUCAUUGGAGCUGCAGCGGGCGCGGCCCUGGCAUAUGCCAUCGCCAAAGGAGACUCUACCGAAACCACCGAAACCAACUCCGCGCCCCCGCAGUUUUCUCCUCGGGAUAUUGCUCAACUCAUCUCUCCUUCCCAGGCCCCUUCUCAGACACAAGAGUACCCAAACUUCAAAGCCAUUGAGGCGGGCCCUGCCCGGAGUACAUACUCUGCUCGGUCUGAUGGCCGGCCGACGCUCACUCGCAGCGUGACGUCGAAGAACCCCCGUGCAAGCACUAUAUACGAGGGAACAGAGUUUGUUCCUCGUGGCAAUGGUGGCAGUGUGUAUCUUGAUGACAAUGGUCGUCGGGCCUCGGAAGGUAGUGUGUAUAGCACGCGGGACAUCCCUAUCCGGGCAAUUGAGUAUGGACAGCCCGACUCUCAGUCUCGGGGCUAUGAAAGCACUCUGAUUAGCAGCUUCCCGGACAAGUCGCGGGCGAUGGACCGGGAAAGCGUCUACUCUGCCUCAACCAUCAAACCCUCCAAGGCCAGCUAUCAAGAUUCUCACCAUGGCUCUCAUCGUUCAUCGCACUCCCACCACUCUACACCCCGAACAAUCCCGGCAGGAAGUAUAGCUUCAUCCACUCGCUCGGCCCGCCAAGCCCCCAUUCCCGAGGGUUCGGCCAUCGGGUCCUUUGCUUCCCACCGUAGCGGAGCCAAAUCAGGCGUUUCAGCCCGUGAAGUGCCGCUUCCAGAGAGUGUUAUCGACCUCGAUGUUCGGACCAACGUGACUCCUGAUGACUCGAUCAGUCAAGUUGAUGACUCCCGGCGCUCAUCCUACUCACACCGGUCUCAUGCCUCGAAGGCUGCUGGGUCUCGAGUUUCGACGCACUCUAGCAAGUUUGACGAGCCUGUCAAGCCCAGCGACAGUGUCAGCCAAGUUUCCAGCAAUGUCUCCCAGCGGACCAUGAAGGCGGGCGGUGGCGGAAGCGUCGCCCCUUCCAAGGCGGCAUCCAAGAUCAGCAGUCGACGAGGCAGUAGCCAGGUUGCGUAG